AUGGACCCCACAGGUAUCCUGAAGGCAUUUCCCAAGCGGAAGAAAAUUCAUGCCAAUCCAUCAUCACAAACUUCUGUGAAGAUUCCCAAGAGGGAAGACAGAGAAGAAGCAGGAGGGUGGCUGAGCUCCCUGCGGGCCCAUGUUGUGCCCACUGGCAUUGGCCGAGCACGGGCUGAACUCUUUGAGAAGCAGAUUGUCCAGCAUGGUGGCCAGAUAUGCCCUGCCCAGGCCCCUGGGAUCACUCAUAUUGUGGUGGAUGAAGGCAUGGACUGUGAGCGGGCCCUCCGUCUCCUUAAACUGCCCCAGCUGCCCCCAGGUGCCCAGCUGGUCAAAUCAGCUUGGCUGAGUGUGUGCCUUCAGGAGAGAAGGCUGGUGGACACAGCAGGAUUCAGCAUAUUCAUCCACAACAGGUUCCUGGACCAACCACAGCCCAUUAAAGGCAACCAAAACUCUUCUCCUCUUCCUGGUCCCCAUGAGGCUCUACUCGGGACACCCCUGUCUCCUCCACCUCCUUCCAUCAGACCUGUAUCUCCUUUCCAGAAAGCAGAAGAGGCACCAAGCACCCAAGCCCAGUCCUGCUCUGAUGAUGAAGCCAGUGAUGGAGAAGAAGCCCAGGUUAGCGAAGCUGAUUUGCAAACCCUGAUCAGUGGCCACUAUCCCACCCCCCCUGAGGGAGAUGAUGAGCCUAGCCCAGCCCCCAAGGCACUGGCUAAGUGGGUCUGUGCACAGCCUUCAAGCCAGAAAGCCACCAACUACAAUUCCCACAUCACAGAGAAGCUGGAAGUGCUGGCUAAAGCCUACAGUGUCCAAGGAGACAAGUGGAGGGCCCUGGGCUAUGCCAAGGCCAUCAAUGCCCUCAAGAGCUUCCACAAGCCUGUUACCUCUUACCAGGAGGCCAGCAGUAUCCCCGGGAUUGGGAAGCGGAUGGCCGAGAAGGUUGUCGAGAUCCUGGAGAGCGGGCACCUGCGGAAGCUGGACCAUAUCAGCGAGAGCGUGCCUGUCUUGGAGCUCUUCUCCAACAUCUGGGGGGCUGGGACCAAGACUGCCCAGAUGUGGUACCAUCAGGGCUUCCGGAGCCUGGAAGACAUCCGCAGCCAGGCCUCCCUGACCACCCAGCAGGCCAUUGGCCUGAAGCAUUAUGAUGACUUCCUGGAACGCAUGCCCAGGGAGGAGGCUACAGAGAUCCAGCAAACAGUCCGGGAAUCGGCCCAAGCCCUCAACCCUGGGCUGCUCUGUGUGGCAUGUGGUUCCUACCGACGAGGGAAGGCCACCUGUGGUGAUGUGGAUGUGCUGGUCACUCACCCAGAUGGCCGGUCCCACCAGGGCAUCUUCAGUCACCUCAUUGACAGCCUCCGGCAGCGAGGCUUCCUGACAGAUGACUUGGUGAGCCAGGAGGACAACGGGCAGCAGCAGAAGUACUUGGGGGUGUGCCAGCUCCCAGGGCCCGGGCAGCGGCACCGGCGGCUGGACAUCAUUGUGGUGCCUUACCACGAGUUUGCCUGCGCCCUGCUCUACUUCACCGGCUCCGCCCACUUCAACCGCUCCAUGAGGGCUCUGGCCAAGACCAAGGGCAUGAGCUUGUCAGAGCAUUCGCUCAGAAUGGGUGUGGUCCGAGACACCCACGGCCUCAAGGUGGGACCUGGCCAGGUGCUUCCCACCCCCACUGAGAAGGAUGUCUUCAGGCUCCUAGGCCUCCCCUACCGAGAACCAGCUGAGCGGGACUGGUGA